AUGCAAAACCGUAGCAGCAUCGUCGACGCGACUAUCUCAGACUUGUCAAUAGCUCUGAGUAGUGGGAGACUUACGUCCGUCGACCUUGUCGCCAAAUAUUUUCUCCGCAUUAGUGCCUACGACUGCAGAGCCACGGCCCUCAAUUCAAUUCCAUUGAUCAACGAAAACGUAUUUGAAGAGGCCGCAGCAACUGAUGACCGCCGUGCCAGCGGCCACGUCUCAGGUAUUCUGGACGGCAUUCCCUUCACAGUCAAGGACAGUUACAAAGUCCAGGGAAUGACCGUUGCCAGUGGCUCGGAGGCUUUCGAAAAUCUUAUCGCCAAUGAAGAUGCAUUUACGGUAAGUGCUCUUCGUGAAGCUGGCGCUGUCCUAAUUGGCAGGACAAAUAUGUGUCCCAUGGCCUAUGGCGGCAUGUUAAGAGGAGUCUAUGGCCGAGCAGAAAGCCCAUAUAACAAAGACUACCUUGCAGCGGCUUUUGGAUCUGGCUCCUCGAAUGGCAGCGGCGUUUCCGUCGCUUCAUCUUUCGCUGCCUUCGGCAUGGGCGAAGAGACUGUCUCGUCUGGUCGAUCCCCAGCUUCAAACAAUGCAUUAGUCGCUUAUACCCCAUCGCGAGGCUUGAUAUCAAUCCGUGGCAACUGGCCACUCUAUCCAACUUGCGACGUGGUCGUACCACACACACGCACGACAAGCGACCUGUUCAUACUGCUGCACGUCCUUUUUAAGCAGGAUUCCAAAACAAUUGGCGAUUUCUGGAGAGAUCAGCCAUUCUUUCAGCUUCCCCAGCCUGGGUGGACUACUUCUGAGAACCUCUCUGCUGCGAAGGGUAUAGGAUUUCUCAAAGGUAAGCGAAUUGCAGUUCCUCAGAUAUUCCUCAAGCAAACUUCGAAUGGGCCGUAUAUCUCCGAGGCAAUUGAGCCGCUCUGGAAUCAAGCCAAAGUCGACUUGGAAGCUGCUGGUGCACACGUUGAACUUGUCCAAGAUCUUCCUGUUUUCAGUAUAUAUGAAAAGCUCUUACGCACCUCUGAUGCUGUUCUCGGAUCCUCGAUACCAGAAAACUGGAACACCACCGAAAGAAGUGUCCUUAUAGCUCACGCAUGGGAGGACUUUCUAGAGAAUAACCACGAUGCUUCUGUAAAAUCCUUACGCCAAGUCGACCCAACGAAAAUCUUUCCACAUUUCUCAUCUGAUAACGUCCAAAUCAAGUACACCGAGCCUGCAAAUGCCGUCCCCUGGGCGAAACUAGCCGACUACGCCUCCAAUCGGCCCCCUUCUAGUACGCAACACAUCCCGGACAAGAGAGAGAAAGCGAUCUACUCCAUACCUAAUCUCUGCGAAGCAAUAAAAGCUCUUGAGAAUAUCCGCAUAAAAUUCUUCGAGGAGUGGCUGGCUACUCACAAUUACGACUUCGCAGUCUUCCCUGCUGCUGGUGAAGUGGCCCGUGCCGAUGCAGAUGUCAGCGACUCGAGCGCACGGCAUGCCUGGACAGAUGGCAUCAAGUACAGCCACGGCAACCGUGCACUGCGGCAUCUAGGCAUUCCGAGCGUGACUGUGCCGAUGGGAGUCUUGGAUGACUCGAAGAUGCCAAUGGGCCUCACAUUCUUGAGCCGCGCGUACGAUGACUUCAAUCUGCUACAGGCUGGGCAUGCCUAUGAGCUGGCGAGUCAACGAAGGAUACCGCCUCCAUUGACACCCCCCCUGGCGUCAGACGAGAUCCCAGUGGACAGCCAAGUCUCAUCGGAAUCUAGGCCGAAACUCACGGUCACAAAAUGCAUCAAGACUCCAGCUGAGAACGGUGAUAUCCUGGUUUCGAUUGAAGGCACACUCGACCUUGUCUCCACCCAGCCAUCUCACGCCGAUUUCAAACCUACCCUCGAGGUCUACAUUGACGGAAAGUCUGUGCCCACAUCUUCAAUCAUCAUCAUCAGCGAUGAAACACCAGCCCAAAAAACCGUGUACCAAAAGUUCAAAAUCGAGCAGUUAACCACUCCCCCACCAGCACAAGACAGCCGCAACCAAGUCGUCGGCAAGAUCGCGAGAGACAGUACGAUGGUUAUGAUUCUCGGGCGCGAUGGUGAACGGGGCCGACCAUCGGGAUAUGUUAAAUUAUUGCAUUGA